GUGCGUGCGUACAUUUCGCUCGAACUCCGUAUAAAAAUUUAUCUAUAUAUACACAGGAGACAAAACCAUCGCGCUUGGAUACCGUGUUCGGAGCCCUUGAAUUCUUCGUCGAUGAUGUCGACCCUCAGAGCAUACGCGGCACCAAUCUUCAUCUUCUUCCUCGCCAUGUUCUUCCAGCUUUUCCUUCUCCCCCGAUCCUUUCCUCCUUCUCACUACGACGUUUUGGGCGUGACGAGGCACUGUUCGGCGGAGGAGGUGAGAGAGGCGUACGAGAGCUUUGAAUCCAAGUGGGAUUCAGGUUCGGACGUUCCUACGGCAAGUAAUUUCAUAAAGAUACGUUAUGCCUAUGAGCUGCUAACAAAUCCAAUAUGGAAAAGGGACUAUGACUUAUAUGACGUUGAUGAAAAAGCACAUGUUAUAGAGGAGCUUGAGAGACAAUAUGCUGCGGAAGAUUUUGCAAAAAUAAAGCUUCCCCUCCUGGAAGUUGUUUCUUACGAGCCUCAGAGUGAACGUUUUAUAAAAAUUACGUCUCAAGAUUUUGCAUCCAAGUUGCAAGAUUCCAAGCCAUUGCUCAUUCAGAUGUAUUCUUCUGGUAGCAGCAGAUCUGCACAAUUUUCUCAGGUUUGGGAAAGAAUUGUUGAAUUAUUGGAAGGAGUUGCUAACCAUGGCAUGGUAGAGCUUGGUGAUCUUCAACUUGUGACAUACCUUGCGGAGAAAAAGCCAACUGGAAAAGUAUUUUUUAGAAAAGGCUUACCUUCACUUGUUGCUUUCCCACCUCACUGCAAAACUUCUGAUUGUCUCAUAAGGUUUGAGGGAGAGCCAUCAGCCGAAGCAGUUACUGAUUGGUUGGCAACUACCGUGAUGGGGUUACCUCGAAUAUUCUAUCAAUCAAAAGAAACACUGGUGUCAAAGUUCCUCUCAAAAGUCCCCCCUUAUAAGGUGAAAGUCAUUCUGUUCUCAAAAACAGGGGAACGGGCGACCACUAACUUAAAGAAGCAGCUGAAAAAAAAAGAAGAAAGGAUCACCUUACUACAAAGUCAGUUGGAUGAGACUAUAAAGAAAGUAAGGAUGCUCGGAAGUGGUACAGAAAAGCUUGAGCAUCUUCUGACGAUUAGACGAACUGAUUCUGGACAUGUUGGUCUCGGAUAUACUGGAGGGAGUGCUAACAAAGUAGGAAACUUUGUAUCAAGAGGAAAACUUGGAGAUGAAGUUAUUUCAAGAGUAAGGAAAACUCCGAAAAUCAUGAUUGAUCUUCAUCCCAGACAGCAGUACCAAGGCGAUAUUAUACGAUUUUUCUUUAAAAAAAAACCUAAAUUUGUUUUCCUGAAAACUGUGGAAUCUGCAGUGCGUGCGUACAUUUCGCUCGAACUCCGUAUAAAAAUUUAUCUAUAUAUACACAGGAGACAAAACCAUCGCGCUUGGAUACCGUGUUCGGAGCCCUUGAAUUCUUCGUCGAUGAUGUCGACCCUCAGAGCAUACGCGGCACCAAUCUUCAUCUUCUUCCUCGCCAUGUUCUUCCAGCUUUUCCUUCUCCCCCGAUCCUUUCCUCCUUCUCACUACGACGUUUUGGGCGUGACGAGGCACUGUUCGGCGGAGGAGGUGAGAGAGGCGUACGAGAGCUUUGAAUCCAAGUGGGAUUCAGGUUCGGACGUUCCUACGGCAAGUAAUUUCAUAAAGAUACGUUAUGCCUAUGAGCUGCUAACAAAUCCAAUAUGGAAAAGGGACUAUGACUUAUAUGACGUUGAUGAAAAAGCACAUGUUAUAGAGGAGCUUGAGAGACAAUAUGCUGCGGAAGAUUUUGCAAAAAUAAAGCUUCCCCUCCUGGAAGUUGUUUCUUACGAGCCUCAGAGUGAACGUUUUAUAAAAAUUACGUCUCAAGAUUUUGCAUCCAAGUUGCAAGAUUCCAAGCCAUUGCUCAUUCAGAUGUAUUCUUCUGGUAGCAGCAGAUCUGCACAAUUUUCUCAGGUUUGGGAAAGAAUUGUUGAAUUAUUGGAAGGAGUUGCUAACCAUGGCAUGGUAGAGCUUGGUGAUCUUCAACUUGUGACAUACCUUGCGGAGAAAAAGCCAACUGGAAAAGUAUUUUUUAGAAAAGGCUUACCUUCACUUGUUGCUUUCCCACCUCACUGCAAAACUUCUGAUUGUCUCAUAAGGUUUGAGGGAGAGCCAUCAGCCGAAGCAGUUACUGAUUGGUUGGCAACUACCGUGAUGGGGUUACCUCGAAUAUUCUAUCAAUCAAAAGAAACACUGGUGUCAAAGUUCCUCUCAAAAGUCCCCCCUUAUAAGGUGAAAGUCAUUCUGUUCUCAAAAACAGGGGAACGGGCAACUCCUUUUGCACGCCAAGCUGCAAAAGAUUACUGGAAUUUUGCCUCUUUCUGUUAUGUGCUUUGGACAGAGGAAGAUGCAUCGUCUUGGUGGAAUGCGUUGGAGGUGGAAUCUGCACCUGCCGUUGUGUUCAUGAAGGAUCCAGGCUCAAAACCUGUUGUUUAUCAUGGAUUAGGCAACCAUACAUGGUUUCUGAACAUUUUGGAGCAGAACAAACAAAUGAAUCUACCUCAAUUAAGAAGCACAACGUCGAUGGAACUUGGUUGUGAUGCUAAGGGCUACUCUCGUGCUGGUUAUGAUACAAUGACUUGGUACUGUGCCAUCCUUGUGGGAAGGCCAAGUGUGGAACUCAACCAGAUGAGGGAAACCAUGUGCAGGGUACAAAAUUCUUUAUCAAGUUAUGAUGAUUCAGAUGUCGCUGGAAGCGAUUCUUCAGUGCCAGACGCUGCAGCUGCUCUGAAAACUAAGCGAUUAACAUUUGCUUGGCUUGAUGGAGAAGUCCAGAAGAAAUAUUGUUUUUUCUACGUUCAUUCGGAAACCAACUAUGAAACGUGUGGAACAAGAACUACUCCAGACGAUGUCCCUAGGUUAUUGAUAGUGCGCUAUCAUAGAAAUGCUUCCGAAGAGAGAAAUGCAGAGGAGAAGAAAUCAAAUAUCUGGUCAAAAACAGUUUGGCAAGAUGAUGCGAAGGCUGAUCCCGCUUCACAGCUUGUUGUGAGUUACGAUGGACCGAAUGAAGUGCCAGAGAUCACACAGUGGCUGUCUAAAAUGGUCGAAGAUGGAGACAAUACGAAACUACCCUUCUAUAGAACAAAAACUCCAGAACUUGUUCCCGAGGGCUCUGAGCCGAUGUUGUCAGGAGUCCCACGAACUGUACAAGUACAGCAGAAGAUUAAUAGCUUAAAAAACAUCAUCAAUGAUUACCUGCAGGAUCCAAGGGUCGGUCCAGCAUUGCUUCUUGGAGCAUUGUUAUCUACAGGUUCGGUGUGGUUGAUGAGAAGUCAUCCAAAAGAACCCGUUCAGCCAAGCCAACCAAAUCAAUCAGAAAAUAAGGGAGAGAAAAAGGCGAGAAAACGAGAAAGGGCGAGAAAGGCUAAGGCUGAAGACAUUCCUCCUUCAAUAACCGAUAACGAGCCAAAGGAUGCAGUUCAGCUGCUGUCUUCUGAUUCCGACUCCGACUAAGUUAGUUCGCAGUAUCAUCAUCGUAUCUGCCACAAGGACCACCUACGCUAAGUUGCUAUUUUCUCUUCAAAGUUUGGAUAUAUUAUUGCUUUGUUCACAUUUAAAAAGUCCAAGCUAAUGAAAUUUUUCUGAAUUCCCUUAGUUGAUACUUCUGUCUUGGGUCCGUUUGAGAAAACAUCCUGUGAAUAACGUCUACGGUUGGAUGGUUUAUCUGCGAAUAAGGGUUAGCCGCUUGGUCUUUGUCUAA